GAAGCGGAACCAUUACCCGUUGCCUAGGUAACGGCACGCUUGUUGGUGUAUGCUAAUUCCUUCACGUCGUUUUAAGGCCAAAACCGAGCUGGCUAAUAAUACAUGUUUACUACAAUUCGCUUUAUUACAGCAGAACAAUUAUUUAGCGCUACAGAGGAACUCCUAAACCAACAGAACACACAGAAAAGCCUUGAUUAGUUUUCAGUAAGCCUUUAACACUAUCUGGUCAGAUGAGCAGCCUACAGUGUGUCGGGACCUCCUCAAAAGUCCCAGCAAAGGAUUUAGAAGCUGUCAAACCAGGAGUCCUCAUCUCCAGAGAUGCACCAGUGAAUAAAUCGGUCCAGUCAAAGACACAGCGUCAGAAACCCAAAGCGAGCACAUGGCCAGAUGGACAGCAGAUCAGAUCGUCAGCGAUCACCGAGAGGAGACGUGACAACGGAAACGUGGACCGGAUCACAGAGGCUCCAGAGCCGGUCUCAGAAACACCGAGUGCACAGCUGGAGAAGAGCUUUAAAAAGACAAAAAUCAAGCACGGACCAUCACGGAGCGAGACGCAUGUCGGUUUACAGGCUCCGUCGCCAGUAGACACGACCACGCACAGACAGGAAAAAUCGCCUAGACACACUGCUCCUGCUGGUGCAGUAGCCACACGCGUCCGGUGUGCCGCGUUUGCAGAAGAGAAGACCGUAAGUGCAGAGUGUGCGCAGAAGAUGUGUGAAGCUGUAGUCCAGGUGCCCCGAUACCUGGGAGUGCCAAAGCAUGGAACUGGCCGAAGCACAAGCGAGGCAGAGAGCCGAGGUGAAGAAGAGUGUGAAGAAGAGGAUGAGGACGCAGAUGAAUUUCGUGCUCCCAUUGAGCUGCUUGCAGAGUUCCUGAAGGCUGUGAUGGAAAGGAACUACACACUCUGCAAGAAACUCUGCCAGAUGAUUCUUAUUUAUGAACCAGAGAACCCCGAGGCCAAACACUUCCUUCCUCUAAUCGAAGAGAGACUACUGAUAGAAGAAGCACAGGAAGGCUCCACCAGUGAAGACAACACAUAUGAUGAUGAUGAUGACGAGGAUGAUGAUGAAAGCAGCAGCGGUAGUACUGAUGAUGAUGAUGAUGAUGAUGAUGAUGAUGAUACAGACACAAGUACCGAUUCAGAUGGAGAGAACAGCUGCUCAUCAUCAUCUGAUAGAGAGGAGGAAGACAUUAGCCAGCAGUGAAGGUCUCCUCGACAGCUGUCCAAACCUGUUCCAGCUCUACUCUUUUACUGUUGCGUUAUAUUCUUUCUAUUUUCAUGCUUAGAUGUUUUGAUUGAGUACAAAUGAAAUAUAUGUAGUAGGGUGCCAAUUCUUAUUAGAUCCAACAGUAAUCAAAUGAAUUCCUUUUAAAUAAAUACGAUAUUACACUUUCAUUUUUUGCCAACAUAGGAGUGCUAACAUCAGGGCUUUUUUUUUUUUUUAAAGGUUUUGUUCCACUUAAAGCUGCUACUUUAGGAAAGUAGAGAUUUUUUUCCCCCUCAUAAACAAACAUUGACGAUUUUAGUAGAACUGCUAUUGCAAAAGACCAUUUUGUCACAUGGGUCGUGCCGUGAGUGCCGAGCAAUACUCGUUCAGAUGUACUUCAAGGCUGUGUGCCAAACCACAUAAUACACAGUAGUAUUUCUGAAUAGUAAUUGUGACUUGACACACUGUGUAGUUUGGUACUAUGCCAUUUGGGACACAGCCCAAGUAUUCACAAAUCACAGGUGGCCAGAUAAGAGUGAAACUUCCCAACAAGUGCUUCCUAUGACUCCCUGAUCAAGCGGCAGCGCCCAUGUUGUGUUCUUAUGCUCGUUCUGUGAUAUUAAAUGGAACAUAACAUACAGAAUGAACUAGUCACUAGCUAAGAAGCUACGAUAUAAGCUCUGAGUAAUAGAAAAAAAGGGUUGCUCCACUGUAAUCCCACAACAUACUGUAAACUGAAAACCUUGACACACUAUGGUCUAGUUCUGUCUCGCCUAUCCUGACUGGCAGGGGCAGUGAGGAUCACCUGGAUACCUUAUUGUAAGCAUGCAUCCUGGGACCGUUCAAUAAAACCCCUAAAAUUCAUAUAACCCAGUAUUUCCUUUCAUCUCUUAUACUGUAGUGGUGUUGACAUCUGGCAACAUAUGGAUCUCAAAUGUUUUCAUAGGCAAUAAUACAAAACUACUAUUUUCCUAAGUAACUGGAAAAAGGGAGCUUUAACUUUGACACAACAAUAAAAAGUGCCGUGUCAGAUGACCAGGAAGUGCUGUUUGCACUUCCUUUACUGUAAUCACAUGGCAUGGUAAAGGUCGUCCUUCAAAAUUGUAUAGAUUUUUCGAUAUUUAGGCGAAACGGUUGUAAUUUCGGAUAUUUUGCGUUUGCGCCUCGUUUUAUAAUU